AUGGCCAGAACACUCGAUCCAUCAGGCGUCAGCGGCAAGCGCCCAAUAAUAGAAGAGCAGGACUUUAUGGCGGUAGUCCUCGUCGGCUAUGGCGAGCAUCUCUACCCCUUCAAUGAGGGUACCAACGUGCUCUCCAAGGCUCUACUACCUAUCGGGAACAAGCCAAUCAUCAACAUCGUGCUGGAUUGGAUACUCAAAUCUGGUCUGCUCGAAAUCCUCCUCAUUGUCCCCCCGUCCAACUACUCGGCCCUGUCGAAUCACCUCGCCGAAAACUACUCGUCCGCCUCCUACCCGCGGCUAAACAUAAUACUCAAGAAGUUCACGGACGGAGAGCGGGAUGAGGAUGAUGCGAAUACGAGCGGUUUGGGGAUGGGCGCGAAGCCAGCAGAGACGGAGGGGACCGCGAGGGUUCUGAAGAGGUUCAGAUCGUACAUUAAGACCGACUUUGUGCUCCUCCCUUGCGACCUGUAUCCACCGGCAUACCUUUCUCUGUCGUCCAUACUGGAUAAGCAUCGCUCGUCCCCCUCUGCGGUCCUCACUUCGGUACUGUAUGAUCCACCAGAGGUCAUUCGUGAACAUGAGGAAGCUCUGCUGAGCGCGUACGACCGCCGGUCUUCCGAGUUGCUCAUGCUGCAAAAUAUGGACAACUUGGACGAGGACUUUGAGAUCCGCUCUGCUCUGCUCGAAGCCCACCCUACUCUAUCGCUCAGCACUCGUCUCCUUGACGCCCAUAUCUACGUGUGCCGCCGUUCCAUCCUCGACCUGCUCGCAAGCCGGAGACCAAGGGAUCUGGACAGUAUGAAGGUCCAGGUCAUCCCGUGGCUCGUCAAAGGAAGCUGGCAGAAGGGCCUUGCGAGGCAAUGGAGCCAACUCCUGUGUCCGCCCGACGAAGAUCCGCUUCUCAGCGCCCUGUCCUAUUCCACUACGUCUCGGGUGACUCGCGCCCCUCAACCGGAAUCUGACAGCAAAUCCGGCGCCGAGUCUCCCGACGCAUUCGAGAACGGCAUGGAGAACUCCCAGACCCUCAAGCCCAAACCCGUCCCGCACGUCCCGUGGCACUGCCAAGUCAUCAUCUCCCGCCCGCCCGUUCCCGAACCGCCCGCACCAAAGGGCAAGGAGAAAGGCAAGCCCAUACCGGUCGCUGAACCGGAAUACCUCAUCCGCUCGAAUACGAUCGCGGGGUACUGGGAGCUGAACCGGCGGUUCCUCCGUACUCUCUCCAGCUCAGUGGGCGCAACGCCAGCCCGACCGGCUUUUGAUGAUCCAACGGGGAAGGCGGCAAUCCAUGCUUCGGCGCAGAUAUCGGCGGAUAGUCUCAUCGGGGAGGGGACCAAGAUCGGGGAACGGAGCAGUAUCAAGAAGAGCAUCAUUGGAAGGCAUUGUGUGAUUGGGAAGGGCGCGAAAUUGUCGGGGUGUAUCUUGUGGGACUUUGUGACUGUCGAUGAGAAUGCAAAGAUCGAGAACGCGAUACUGUGUACGAAUCUGAGAGUAGGAGCUGGGGCGCAGAUCAAGGACUGCGAGUUUGGGCCGGGGUACGAGGUGCCAUCUGCAGCGGUACUCAAGGGAGAACGACUGGUUCUUGGGCAGGAGGCAUAG